GAAAGAAACCGUGCGCCUGCCUGCCUGCCUGCCCUAUCGCAUUACUCAACUGCCUUUCGAGUUUCAUCGUGCUGCGGUUACCGUAAUAUUCGAAUAAAAGAGGAAUAUGCUUCCUCCGGCCACCGCCGCUCACUUCCCACCGCCUCCAGCCUCCCUUAGGACUAUCUCUCCUCGUCCUCCUCCUUCGCUUCAUCUCCCCCUCUCUCGCCUUCCCUUCGCCUUCCGCUCCCGCUCUCACCGACAACACCGUCUCGUCUCCUGCGCUUCCAAUCCACCCGACUACAGUGCCGCCUCGGCGCAGGUGGACAUGUUCCGCGGCCGGGACGGUGUCUGGUCCUCCCGCCAGCAGACCGUGGUCGUCCUCUGGGACCUCGACAACAAGCCGCCCCGUGGUCCCCCGUACGAGGCCGCCCUCGCCCUCCGCCGAGCCGCCGAACUCUUCGGCCGCGUUCUCGAGGUUUCUGCCUACGCCAACCACCACGCCUUUGACCACCUCCCCCAGUGGGUCCUCGACCAGCGCCGUGAGCGCCGCCACCUUGACGUCCUCGAGCGUAAAGGCCUGGUCGAGCCCGCCGAGCCCUACACCUGCGGCGUCUGCGGCCGCAAGUGUCGAACGAACCUCGACCUCAAGAAGCACUUCCGCCAGCUCCACCAACGCGAACGCCAGAAGAAGCUCGACCGCAUGCGCUCCCUCAAGGGGAAGAAACGGCAGAGAUACCGGGAGAGGUUCAUCGCUGGGAACCACAAGUACGAGGAGGCUGCCCGGUCUCUGCUUGCCCCCAAGACUGGAUACGGCCUUGCUUCGGAGCUUCGGCGGGCAGGUGUCUUCGUUAAGACAGUCGAGGACAAGCCGCAGGCCGCGGACUGGGCGCUCAAGAGGCAGAUGCAACACUCGAUGUCGCGUGGGAUUGAUUGGUUGUUUCUGGUGUCGGACGACUCAGAUUUUUCCGAUAUGGUCAGGAGGGCGAGGGAGGCUGAUCUGAGGACGGUGGUGGUUGGGGAUGGACGGACAGCUCUCGGAUGCCAGGCUGAUAUUUGGGUCCCUUGGCUACGGGUGGAGAAUGGGGAGGUCGGGGAAGAACUAUUGCAGUCAGGAUGGAACACAACCUUCUCGGAAAUGGAUGAUUAUGACGAUUUUAGCGACAAUGAUCAAGGAUCAUUUUCUUCUUCGAGUUUCUAUGAGGAUGAAAUGCCUGAUUUAGACUUGAUUGUCGAUGAGAUCGUCAUUGGGAAUUCCAGAUUAGGUACUCUUGGCUCCUCAGCUUUCUCAGAGGAGGUGGUGGAAGAUGGUGAAGGAUUUCAUAUCUUUGGAUCACCGAAGAGUAAUGACCAUUUGUUCUUCCAUAGCGAGGAAGAGGACAGUGAUCCCUUCAUCUGAUCAACAAAAGAGUGGUUGGCACAUAAACUCUCAUUUCUCAACAUAGAUUGGUUAAUGUUUGAGAUGUAUCUUUGGAGAAAAUGGACGUUUACCUACCUCAUUUGACCAUAACCAACCUGACAAGCUAUUCGCGUUGUGCCCAAGAAGGUAAUCACUGCCUUUUAAUGAAACAAAAUAUAUAUGUUGGAUUUGGCAUGCUUUGUGAAUCUUCUAUUACAACUAUCAAGCUAAUAUACAAGUCAGAAGUUAAUUUUAGAAGGGGGCCUCCACCGGAUUUUCCUGGAACUUUAGCUCAUCCAAAGUGGUAUCUCUACUUUAUAGAAUUGAUACUACUUUAUGGUUCUAUUAUUUGGAUGUACUGACAAAUCGAAAAGUUUCUCAUGAAGAUAGGGUUAAAUUAAAGCUAUCUUGUUGUAUUAAUUAAGACACGUUAUCAUGAUAUAUGUUAUUUGUGGAUGAUAUUAUUUUCAUAGAUGAGACAUGUA